GAUAUCAACGUAGUUUCGGGCGUGAUUAAGCAAUUCCUCCGCGAGUUGCCCGAGCCCCUGAUGACAUACAACCUGUACGAGGGUUUUAUCAACGCAGCGUCAAUUGACGACUACGACGAGCGCCUGUGGGCCAUCAAGGAUCUGGUGCAUGCACUGCCGACGACCAAUUAUACUGUGCUCAAGCGGUGUGUUGAGCACCUGGAGCGUGUCACUGAUUAUGAGGAGGUCAAUCACAUGUACGGCACGAACCUGGCCCUUGUGUUUGGCCCGUCGCUCCUGCGU